UUAUACCAAAGGCACCAAGACCGUUGUUUCGUUUAAUCACCAUUCGUUUCCCACACCAUUCUCUCAGGUCACAUUUCUCUCUCUCCCUCGACUUCCGAGCUCACCCAUCGCCGCCACCUUGAAGGGUUGAGGAUCCGCCCAUCGCCGCCGUGGGGGUCGGUUUCUUGUUUAUAUGGCAGAUGAUUGAGAUGACAUUAUGGGUGACUCAAAAAGGCAUAGGAUUCUGAUGGUCUCUGAUUUUUUCUAUCCCAACUUUGGUGGUGUGGAGAAUCACAUAUAUUUACUGUCACAAUGCCUACUAAAGCUUGGUCACAAGGUGGUGGUUAUGACUCAUGCCUAUGGAAAUCGUUCUGGAGUGAGAUAUAUGACAGGUGGUCUGAAAGUCUACUAUGUGCCAUGGAAACCAUUUCUUUUGCAGAAUACAUUACCAACCUUCUACGGGACACUUCCUAUUAUAAGGACUAUCCUUAUUCGAGAACAAAUAUCAUUGGUUCAUGGACAUCAAGCCUUCUCAACUCUUUGUCAUGAAGCUCUGAUGCAUGCCCGCACUAUGGGGUACAAGGUGGUAUUUACUGAUCAUUCACUCUAUGGUUUUGCUGAUGUGGGAAGCAUCCACAUGAAUAAGGUAUUGCAGUUUACUUUAGCAGAUGUAAGUCAGGCCAUUUGUGUUUCUCACACAAGCAAAGAAAACACUGUGCUACGUUCAGGACUGCCACCAGAAAAGGUUUAUGUUAUACCUAAUGCUGUUGACACAGCUAUGUUCAAGCCUGCUGCAGAGCGACCCAGUGGUAAUGAAAUUAUUAUUGUUGUGAUAAGUAGAUUGGUUUAUCGGAAGGGUGCGGAUCUGCUGGUUGAAGUCAUUCCCGAAGUAUGCCGUAUGUAUCCUAACGUUCGUUUUAUUGUUGGAGGAGAUGGACCUAAGCGGGUACGGUUGGAAGAGAUGAGGGAGAAGCAUUCUCUUCAAGAUCGAGUAGAAAUGUUGGGUGCUGUACCGCAUGCUCAAGUACGGUCUGUCUUAAUUUCUGGCCAUAUUUUCUUAAAUAGUUCGUUAACAGAAGCUUUUUGCAUAGCCAUAUUAGAAGCUGCUAGUUGUGGAUUAUUAACAGUCAGUACACGCGUAGGAGGUGUCCCAGAGGUUCUGCCAGAUGACAUGAUUGUUCUUGCGGAGCCAGAUCCUACUGAUAUGGUACAAGCAAUCAAGAAGGCGAUAUCUAUACUUCCUAUGAUUGACCCCCAAGAUAUGCACAAUCGCAUGAAGAAGCUCUAUGAUUGGCAUGAUGUUGCAAAAAGGACAGAGAUUGUGUAUGACCAUGCUCUGAAUUGCUCUAAUCAAAGUCUUCUAGAACGGCUGUCACGGUACCUCACAUGUGGAGCUUGGGCAGGCAAGCUGUUUUGCUUGGUUAUGAUCAUCGAUUUUAUAUUAUGGCGACUAUUGCAACUAUGGAAGCCUGCAGAGGAUAUUGAGGUGGUACCUGAUAUUGUUCUAUCCCAUGAUGAAGAUAGAGGGAUAUCACAGGACUUCCAAGCCUUCAACGAGGACAACAGUUUGAGAUGAUUAUUUCCAAGCGUUCGGUUCCUUUACAUGUAUACAUUUUACGAGAAUAUUUUUACAUACAUAACAUACAUGCCUGUAUGUAAUGUACAAUAUGUAAUUGUGCUUAUAAAAUAGGGCAAUUUUCCUCAUUCAUCAAACAGAGCUACAAGGGUCUCUAGUCACCAGGUCCAACUGUAAAUCAAAAUGGCCAUGAUGCAAGUUGGACAUUGAGGCAAACCUAGAUAUUAGUUUGAUGUAGUGACAGCACCAAGGUGUAAGUGGAUCGGAUGGUAUGAUCCAGUAACGCUAAUUUAAAUGUUGCCUUUGUUAAUUUGUACAA